CGCGCCACCGCUUCUGUUCAUCUUCUCCCACCGGCCGGCGGCUGCCGCCUCUCCCGGUCCCAGUCACCAAUCUCUUCUUCCCACCCGGCCCACUCCCGAAGCAGCUUCCCUCCCGCUCCCACCCCUCGGCCGCCUCCGCUUCCUUUUCCUCAAGCCGGCCGCUUCUGCUCCUAUCCUGCCGCCCUGCCGGCCGCCACCUCAUCUCACCAGAUCUUCCGGCCGCCGACCAGCGGUAGGCGUGGACCGCCAUGGAGUAGGUGCCGAAGCUCCCGCCCUCCGCCCCGAAGGGUGCAAAGAGCACGAACCCACGCGCGGCGGCCGGCUCCAUCUUCCACGACGGCGACAGGCGACGGUGGCGCCGCCAGCCUGUUUCGACUCGCUUCCCCAUCCCGUACCGGCGAGCUUCGACAAGCCGAGCUGGAGCUUCGGUCGAGCCGAACUCGAGCCUGCCUGAUUGGAAGCUCGAGGGUCAAACCAGGCUCGGCUCGAGUUGGCGUUCGAGCUCGAGCCGCGCUCCUGAGCCCGCUCGUGCUCGGCUCGUCGACAGCCCUGGCAUCGGUUUCUCUAUUAUAACUGCGCUGCGCGUCUGCGCCGCCGCCUCUGCUCCUCUGCUGCCCCCUUCAAAUCGGGCACCACAACCCUUAGUCUGCUGGGGAGCAGAGGGGGGAGCCGAACGGAUUGGGGUCGAAUCUUCUCCUCAAUCCCUCGACUAGAGCUACCCCGCCCUUUGGAAAUCCUCGAUCUGGUGAACUGAGUAUAUUUCUGGCAGUGGAAGAAAGGAACUUGGUCCAUUAAUUUUGUCACAAAGUGGAACCAGGCAAUAUGACAUCAGUAGGCCUACUAAAUCCUUCAUCAGGUUAUGAAGCUAGUACUAGUGGCGCCACUGAUCGGUUGCCAGAUGAGAUGAACGGGAUGAGCAUAAGAGAUGAAAAGGAAGUUGAAGCUGUUGUUGUCAAUGGCAAUGGGAUGGAGGUUGGUCAUACCAUCGUAACAUCUGUUGGUGGAAGAAAUUCACAGUCAAGGCAGACCAUUAGUUACAUGGCAGAGCGUAUUGUAGGGCAAGGUUCAUUUGGAGUUGUCUUCCAGGCCAGGUGUCUGGAAACUAGUGAGAGAGUAGCUAUAAAGAAAGUUCUUCAAGAUGUGAGGUAUAAGAACCGUGAGCUGCAAACAAUGCAAGUUCUUGAUCACCCUAAUGUCGUAUGCUUGAAGCAUUACUUUUGCUCGACAACUGAAAAGGAAGAGCUUUACCUCAAUUUGGUGCUUGAAUAUGUGCCAGAAACUGUUCACCGUGUUAUUAAACAUUACAAUAAGAUGAAUCAACGUAUGCCGUUGAUAUAUGUUAAACUCUAUAUGUACCAGAUUUGUAGAGCUUUGGCUUACAUGCAUAACUGUGUAGGAGUAUGCCACAGAGAUAUAAAGCCACAAAAUAUUCUGGUGAACCCACAUACUCAUCAACUGAAAUUGUGUGAUUUCGGCAGUGCGAAAGUCUUGGUACAAGGGGAACCAAAUAUUUCAUAUAUAUGUUCUAGAUACUACAGAGCUCCAGAGCUCAUAUUUGGUGCUACAGAGUACACGACAGCUAUUGACGUGUGGUCUGCUGGUUGCGUUCUUGCUGAACUUCUUCUAGGGCAGCCUGUUUUUCCUGGGGAUAGUGGUGUCGAUCAGCUUGUUGAAAUUAUCAAGGUUCUAGGUACUCCGACACGGGAUGAAAUUAAGCGCAUGAACCCAAACUAUACUGAGUUUAAGUUCCCACAAAUCAAAGCUCACCCAUGGCACAAGAUCUUCCACAAAAGAAUGCCAUCUGAAGCUGUAGAUCUUGUUUCUCGGCUCCUACAGUACUCACCAAACCUUCGGUGCACUGCAUUGGAGGCGCUAAUCCAUCCAUUCUUUGAUGAACUACGGGAUCCAAAUGCCCGGUUACCGAACGGUCGUUCUCUUCCCCAUCUCUUCAAUUUUAAGCCUAAUGAGUUACGAGGAGUACCAAUGGAUUUUGUCAUGAAAUUAAUUCCUCAGCAUGCCAAGAAGCAAUGUGCCUUCUUAGGAAUAUGAGGAAGCAGUUCAGAGUGCUCACAAAAAGAAGCAAGCAGCAGUUUGGAGAUUACCUGCAUAUUACAUCAAUAUUGUGUUGAAAACUGCAGAGUAGCAUUCGCCUACAGUAUUAUUGGAUGGGCAAUGCAGCCUACAGUAUUAUUGGAUGGGCAAUGCAUGCUGUUUUCUUUCACUCUGGCUGUGAUGUCUCAUGUUUGUUCUACAACGGUGGUGAGCCCUUUCACCACAUUCUGUAAAGCUGAUGAAGACAUAAAGCGUGAUCCUUUCCUGUGGUCUGUAUAUUGGUCUGCCCCAACCUUGAAACUCAUUCUUUGCAUAUUUUAUUCUUUCUUUUUGGAGAUGGAUUCUUUGCAUAUCUAUCUGUAUCACCAAAUGAAAAAAAAAGAACUAUCAUAUGUAUGUUUGAUCUGGAUUCUUUUUCCUGAGGCUGUAUCGGUUUUCAGCUACCAUUGGAGUUAAACCCUUUUAAUCUGUAACAGUCAUGAGCAAGAAAAGGUCAUCAGCAGAUGAUGUCUUUUCCAGUCUAAGCUAGUCUUUGUAUUUCUAUUAUCCUUUUGUGUUCAACAUUGGGUCCUAUUCGUUCCUAAUGCAAAAAUGAUAAUUGUGUGGAGCUAUUUAGUCA